AAGCUCGAGUCUUUAUAACAACUGCCUUUCGCCUCUUUCCCUCCCUCUUUCUCUUUCGGUUUAUUCGCUUUUUGCCAAAACUGGGUUCUUUCUUUCACCAUAAAUUUCACUUCAAAAGUCUGGAUCUUUAACUUCUGCUUUUCACCUUUCACUGUGUCCUUUUUGGGUGCCCUUCCUUUUCACCAUUAAUUCAGAAAACCCCACUUCAGUAUAAAAAGCUUUGUUGGCGGAAGACUAGUCUGUUGGACUUCACAUUGAUUCAUAGCAUUUAGGGUCCGACUGGAAAGGAAAAUGGACCCGGAAUCGGCUUCCCUUUCCGGAGGCUUGCGGCCGAAUUUUUACAAGACCACUCUAUGCCUUGCUUAUCAGAGCCUUGGUAUUGUUUAUGGGGACCUUAGCAUAUCCCCCAUUUACGUAUACAAAAGUACAUUCUCAGGUGAUAUGCGUCUUUAUGAGGAGGAUCACGAGAUUCUUGGCGUGCUUUCAAUGGUUUUCUGGACUUUGACAAUUAUCCCUCUUUGCAAGUACAUUAUAUUUGUGUUAGGAGCAGAUGACAAUGGUGAAGGUGGAACUUUUGCCUUGUACUCAUUGCUAUGCCGACACUCAAGGAUGGGCCUUUUGAACACAGUUCAUCUUGAACAUGAACACAUACCAUCGUACUCUUCUGUUUUAUCUACCAAGGAUACACGAAUGAGCUCACUCAUAAGAAAAUUCUUUGAGAAGCAUAAGAGUUCUAAAAUAGUAUUGCUGCUUGUAGUUUUUAUAGGAGUUGGCAUGAUAAUUGGUGAUGGUAUCCUCACGCCAACAAUGUCCGUUCUUUCUGCAGUUUAUGGAAUUAGAAUCAAAGCUCCAGAUUUACAUGAGAAUUAUACUGUGCUGAUAGCGUGCAUCAUCUUGGUUGGACUUUUUGCUCUUCAGCACUUCGGGACACACAAAGUUGGGUUUCUUUUUGCUCCAAUCAUGUUAACAUGGUUACUAUGCAUUUGUGGGGUAGGCAUUUACAACAUCUUCCGUUGGAACCCUGGUGUUAUACGUGCUCUGUCGCCCUACUAUAUUUAUAACUUCUUUAAAAUAACUGGAAGAGUUGGCUGGAGUUCCCUUGGAGGCAUUGUUCUUUGUAUCACAGGUACAGAAGCAAUGUUCGCUGAUCUUGGGCACUUUUCGAAACUGUCAAUCAGGUUUGCAUUUACAGCGCUCGUUUACCCUUGCUUAGUUCUGGCAUACAUGGGAGAAGCUGCUUAUCUCUCCAAGCACAAAACGGAUCUGCAUAGCAGUUUUUACAUGGCCAUUCCUGAGGUUAUGUUUUGGCCAGUCUUUAUUAUUGCAACUCUUGCUUCUGUGGUGGGAAGUCAAGCAAUCAUUUCAGCUACCUUCUCAAUAGUCAGUCAGUGCAGGGCCCUUCAGUGCUUCCCGCGUGUGAAGAUCAAACAUACAUCAAAUCAGAUACAUGGGCAGAUAUACAUACCUGAGGUGAACUGGAUGUUGAUGGUAUUGUGUCUUGCCGUCGUUAUAGGUUUCAGAGACACUCGUAUGAUAGGCCAUGCAUACGCAUUUGCAUUUACAGGGCUUGCUGGAGUGACAGUGAUGUUCAUCACAACCUGCUUGAUGUUUCUAAUUAUUAGUACAGUUUGGAAGCAGAAGGUUCUCGUGGCCUUUUUGUUUCUUGUAACCUUUGGAUCCCUUGAACUACUCUAUAUCUCCGCCUGCCUUGGAAAAGUACAUCACGGAGGCUGGCUUCCCCUUCUAUUCGCUCUUCUAAUAGUGUCUUUGAUGUCUAUCUGGAAUUAUGGGACUGUAAAGAAGGAUGCAUAUGAGCUAGAUAACAAGGUAUCGUUAGAUAGACUUCUAAGCAUUGGGCCAAGCCUAGGUAUUGCAAGGGUCCCUGGAAUCUGCUUAGUUUACUCUAACGUUGCGUUUGGUCUCCCUCCAAUGUUUGCACAUUUUGUCACAAACUUCCCUGCAUUUCAUCACACUCUCAUCUUUGUGACCCUUAAGUCUCUGAUGAUUCCAAAAGUUCCUGUUGGUGAGCGUUUUCUUGUUAACCGGAUUGGCCCACCAGAGCUGUCUAUUUUCCGGUGUAUUGUAAGGUAUGGAUACAAGGAUGUGAGAGAUUUCUACAACUUUGAAACCCAACUGGUCGAGAAGGUGGCAGAGUUCUUGAAACAGGAGAGUAACAGUGACGAAAUGGCGGUUAGAGGGCAGUCACCGAACCAAACAUAUGAAGCAACUCGAAAUGAGGUUUGUGGCGGCAGUGCUGUGCGUUGGAGUGAUGAAGUUAGUGGCGGCAGUAACGAGCAGUGGAGAGAUGAAAUUGGCAGUGGCGAGCAGUGGAUGAAAAAACUCAUGGAGGCACGGGAAGCUGGUGGAGUGGCCUACAUGAUGGGGAAUCCUUAUGUUGUGGCGAGUGAGGUAUCACCGUUCCUGAAGAAGUUUGCAAUUGACAUUGUCUAUGGUUUUCUGAGACGGAAUUGCAGGCGUCCAGCAAUUGCACUUGGAAUUCCGCAUGCCUCACUGAUCGAAGUGGGAAUGCUUUAUAAGGUGUAAAUAUAGCGUGGACGAAGACAGAGUAAAUAAACUCAAAGGUAAGACAGGAUGCUUGUGGAUACCAAGUACAUGGAAAAUGCUUAGAUGUGUACAUGGUGCAGGUUGUAGUAUGAUCAUGAAUAAACAAUAAAGUUUUGGCGAAGAACUCACGGAUGUUCACAGCAUUAUCCGUUUUAUGAAACAUAUUUGCACUAAUCCACUCCCAUGUUAGAAGACCUAGACCCAGAUUCUGAACUAGCGUUUACUGAAGAGGUGUACGUGAGAUUUUUUUGAGCGCCAAUAGGAAUCCCUGCACUUUUCAUGCAAACGAGGAUUGGAAAUGCGGUAACUCUGUAACUUCUUUAUUUGCUUUCCUUAAAGAAAGUUGGAAUUCUGGUUUGUAUGAUGAGUUACUUUCACAAAAAUUGACAAUCCACCAAAUAAAAGCCAUGAAUUAAUGAGCGGCCUUAGAGCACUCUAAA